UCAAAGCGACAGCAGCUAACUAGCGGCGUGUGUCUAGAAAGAAGGCACACUUGUAGUAACAUCGUGAUUACAAAAUGACUGCGUUGCUGAAGUCUUUGAUUGAUGCGUUAGAAAUACUUAUUAAACCUGUUUCAGAACCGUCAUUUAACCUUGCACAGGGAAGAGAGGAGAAUGCACUUGAGAAGAUGCUGCAGUUUAAUUUAUCUAUUUUGGGAGAGACAAUCCAGAGUAAUCCAAUGUACACAGAUUUAUACAAUCUGAGGGAAACAAUAAAGGGAAAAACAGAUUGGUUUGUGGAAUCAGAUGAUGCCACAUGGAUGUUUGUACUGGAAAACCUCUUGAUUUUGACUUGUUUAAAAGAAUGUAUGAUGGACCUCCUUAAUUCCUUUGUACCACCAGAGCCCAAUCAAAGAACUUCAGAGGCAGCCCCUCCACUGCCUCCAGAUGUCCUUAGCAUUUCACAGCAGAAAACUGUUUAUGCAGCCAUUCAGUUUGUGAUCAGUCUUGGAAUCUGCCCUUUUCUUCUCCCUGGGGUAGGUGUUCCCCUGCUCUGCAGGUCUCAGUUUGGUGCGGAGGUAAUAAAUGCAACAACUCAUGUUACCCAUUCUUCUGGGACACACAGGCUGUUAAUUACCUGCAGAGUGCUACUUGAUAUUGCUGAUCAUCCAUCAUUAGGAAGUAUGGUCAUGACUCGCAAUCUUGGAGACAUUCUUGCUGCAUUAUGCCAACUAGGAUAUUGCCCUAAUAGGAAAAAAGAAGACGAACAUGUCAGUGAUCAAAAAAGUCAGAGUCUCAAUUUGGAGGAGCGUUCUGAAUGCCAAAAAGUACUUCAGCGCCUGUUGAGCCAAGUGUACCAGCCACUUAUUGUCCAAGAGCUUCUCAUUCUUCAAGGAGGAGGUAAACAGGUGAGAUUAUCUCGCAACAGUGACUCUAAGCAGUUACGUACCCCUGCCCCGCCUUGGCUCAGACGUCUGUGUGGCCAGCUACUUUCAGAGAGACUGAUUCAGACAAAUGGAGUGCAAGCAGUAGUCAGAGGGAUUUUGGAAGGAGCAGGAGCUGGAGCAGUAGGUGGAAAAGAUGCAGAAGCUGCUGCUGCAGACUGGAGAAAAUGUGACUCUGUGGCACGGAUCUUGGCUGCUUGUCCUCAGCAAUCCCUUUCGGUUGAUGAUUACUAUAAACAUGUUUGUCCACAGGUUCUAGAUAUGUUACACAUCAGAGAUAAGUUGACAGCUUUACAGUUUCAACGUGUUGCUACUGCAACUAUUGUGACCAUGACUAAGGAACAACCUGAGCUUGCUGAAAGAUAUCUACUGAAGCCAAUGGUUAUGCCACUCCUCCGCUGCCAGAUCUCAGGAGGUUGUAACCAGAAUAUUGGCACUGUUAUUGUUGAAGAGUGUGAACUUACCAUUUGCAUAGAAGAUAUCUACAAGGUGUGUGUUGUUGGGAAUAAUCCAGCUGCUGCAUUAUUAGAUUCCCUUGACAGGGUUAUUCAAAUCAUCUUCCUCCUUUACUGUUUUUCUAAGAAAAAUGCCUGUUAUUUACGAUCUACUUGUGAGGAGAUAAUGACUUGGUACUUCCAGAAGACAAAAAGACCAAAAGUCCUUUCUGUAUUAAAACAACUUUCAGGUUUGAAUGUGAAGACUGACAGCCUAUUACCUGGGUAUAUGUUUGUACCAGGUAGUGAUAGUGGAGCAGUGUGUACUGUGAAGGAACCUAUAUGUGAUGAAGAUGAUGAUUUAUAUGAAAAGGUUUCAUCUGAACAGUGGCGCAUUGAGUGUUUUGUUGAUUUACUUGCUGUCCAACAAGAUAGUGAUCUGGCUGGAGACUUUUUUAUUGAAAUAUUAAAGCGGUUGACAACUUUGAUUGUGGAUAAUACAGAAGAACCUACUGAUAUAUCAAGCUUGAAUCUACUGGAGUUGGAGCAGUAUCAAAAUCAACAAGUUAGGAAGCAGGAGGAGAAACUGAUAACACUACAGCUGCUAGCCGUAAUGUGCGAGAAACUGUCACAUUUUGUGUUUCAGAAUCCAUUACAGGUGAUUGAAUUUGUAGGUGCAAUGUUACAGCGGGCUUGUACUAGUCUGAAAUAUGGUCUGGAUAAUGUGGUUCAGUCUCAAACAAUAAGUAUGGGAAUGGGAUUGCUGUCUGCCAUGCUAGCAGGUGCUGCUGAGUUGAAAUCAGAAGACUAUACUGCACUGAAGCAUAUAUUACCACUACUGCAAGACAUAUCUGAUCAUCAUCAUGAAGUUAUUAUCCAGGAGCUGGCAUCUGAUUUACGCAUAACCAUUGCCACCCAUGGAGCUUUUACUCCUGAAACUGUCACCCAUGCUGCUCACAGAACCAUGUGUCAGGAUGACACCAAAGCAGAGAAACAUUCUGAACAGGUGUCAUCUCAAAACACUGUGGCUCCCCCUGAUGCCAACAGUGAAAAAGGCAGAAAGUGUACAAGAAAGGAAAAUCAUGAAUUAAAAAAUGAAGAAACAAUUACAUUUAUUGACAGAAAUCAAAAAGGACAGGAACAGUUGAAAGAGCAGACAGUUAUAAAAGAAAGUAGUUUUCCAGACAAGCAGAGCAAAAUAAAGCAAGAUAUUCCAAUUAAUUUAGUGGGCACAAACUGUAAUAAUGAUCAAAGCAAAGAUCACGGAAAUUGUGAGGAUGAAAAAUUAGUAUCUGAAUGUAUUCUUGAAGCAGUUCAUCCGGAUAUUCCUACAAGAGCAACUGCUCUAAGACAGCUGACUCAAAUGAUUAAGAGUAAAAAUGCAGAAGCUGUAAAUUGCGAGGAGAAAAUAUUACUGGUGUUUUUGGAGAACCUUGAACAUGAAGAUUCAUUUGUGUAUUUGUCAGCUAUACAAGGUCUUGCAGUACUUGCAGAUAUGUUUCCUAAGAUUAUUUUACAGAAACUGUUAGAUGAGUACCAGAAAUGUACCCAAGAUUCAAGGAAGGCCUGUCCACUUGAGACUAAACUUAAAAUUGCUGAGGUGUUAAUGAGAUCCACCAGAGCGCUGGGUGAAUUAACACCUUACUAUGGCGGUGCCCUAAUUCAUGCAUUCCUGAGAGGAACACGGGAUGAGGACAGUACAGUGAGAGCAAGUAGUCUGUCAAACAUUGGAGAACUUUGCCAAAGAUUGGGCUUUACAUUGGGUUCAUUGGUACAUGAGCUUAAUUCAUGUGUAACGGCAAUUAUAAAAACUGACAAAGAAGCUGAAGUGAGAAGAGCAGCUGUACACGUUAUUGGUCUGUUGUUACGUGGCCUCAGUGAGAAAACUACACAGAUCCUUCAUGAAGUGCUUCGGGAUUUUUAUCACUUGUUGAAGUACGUAGUGCACCACGACCCAGAUGAUGUCACAGUGCUGCAUGGACAGCUAGCUUUGGAAGAGCUUGAUGAGAUCAUGAGGCGUUACCUUUUUCCAGAACAAAAACUUGAGAAAAAAAUUGUUGUACUGCCUUAACUCACUACAGCCUGAAAAAAAAAAUAAGUUAUUUAAUUUUAUAGUGGUCUCUUGUGCUUUGGUAACAGAAGUUAGAAAUAUUUGUAAACAUUUAAUAAUAAACAUACUUUUCCAGA